GGCCAUCCAAGAGGCAAGAGCUGAACAUCAAUGUCUGUAGAGAAUAGAUAGGUGUUCAAAGACCUGGACAGCAUACUUAGCCAAUAACAUUUUAAGUCUAGGCCAUGGAGAAACAGAUAGCCAUCAUUGGAGCUGGUAUUAGCGGCCUUCUAGCCUGCAAAUGCAUCCUCUCCAAAGGCUUCCAUCCCAUAGUUUUUGAAUCUACAAGUAGCAUUGGCGGAGUAUGGACCAGCACUUGUGAGACUACAAAGCUCCAAAAUCCCAAACUGGGAUACCAGUUCUCAGAUUUCCCAUGGCCAGAUUCAGUCACAGAAGAUUUCCCUACCCAUGACCAAGUCCUUGAUUACAUCAAAGCAUAUGCACACCAUUUUGAUCUGCUCAAGCACAUCAAGCUCGACACAAAAGUCAUUGCAACUCAAUAUGAAGGCCCUUCUGAUCAAGAAAUGCAUUCAUGGAGUCUAUGGAAUGGCAACGGUGAACCCUUCAGCUCUAGAGGAAAAUGGAAGGUUGAAGUAGUCAAUACCAAAAGUCUUUCCACUGAGAUUUAUCAAGUGGACAUGGUGAUUCUUUGUAUGGGGAAGUUCAGUGGAGUUCCAAAUAUCCCAGAAUUUCCUGACCGAUCAAAGGGUCCAGAAGCGUUUCAUGGAAAGGUUGUGCACUCCAUGGACUAUGCUGCCAUGGAUAAUGUUAGUGCCGCUGAACUUGUCAAAGGAAAGCAAGUUGCCAUUGUGGGGAACCAGAGAUCUGCUAUGGAAAUUGCAAUGGAGUGCUCAGCAGCAAAUGGAGUCAAGCAUCCAUGCACAGUUUUAUACAAGACUGAACACUGGAACAUCCCAGAUUUGUUCCCCUGGGGAGUGCCUUUAUUUUUCCUAUACUUUAAUCGCUUUGCUGAGCUUCUGAUUCAUAAGCCUGGUGAAGGAUUUCUGCUUAGUCUUUUGGCGACAUUCCUUGCACCUCUGAGAUGGGUAAUCUCUAAAUUCGUCGAAAGCCAUAUCAAAAGGAAGCUUCAACUAGCCAAGUUUGGAAUGGUGCCCAGACACAGCUUUCUUAGAGAACUAAAUUCUUGUCAGACAACAUUAGUGCCUGAAAAAUUCUAUGAUAGAGUUGAAGAGGGUAGCAUCGUAUUGAAGAAAGCUCCAAGCUUUGGCUUCUGCAAAGAAGGCAUUAUUGUCGAUGGCGAAAACACACCUAUCAAGACAGAUUUGGUCAUAUUGGCAACAGGAUACAAAGGUGAAGAGAAACUGAAAGACAUUCUUGUGAACCAAGCAUUUAAAGACUCUAUACUGGGGUCCCCUAAAGAAACAGUUCCUUUAUAUAGAGAAUGCAUUCAUCCGCGGAUUCCCCAACUAGCAGUAAUCGGAUUCUCAGAAGGUGCUUCGAAUCUGUUUCUAUCUGAGAUUAGGUGCCGGUGGCUGGCAGAACUUCUUGAUGGCAAGUUCAAGUUACCUAGCAUACAAGUCAUGGAGAAAGAUGUGUCAAAAUGGAGCGAAUACUGGAAGCAGGCGUCGGGACCAUACUAUCGGAAAUCAUGUAUUGGUGCCAUUCAAAUUUGGUACACAGAUCAAUUGUGCAAGGACAUGGGGUGGAAUCCCAAGCGAAAAAAGGGUUUGCUUGCUGAACUUCUUAUGCCUUAUGGACCGAUGGAUUACAUUUCACCUUAAGACAACCAUUGUCAACUUCAGCCAUCGUUAUGAGGUUUCUACACUUCCACCUCUAUGUUUUAUACAAAAAAAAUCAGCCAUGCAAGAAUAAAAGCUACAUGACUGCCGUUUGGCGAUGAUGUUCCCAACUGUACUUCUACCUUGCAUUCAUACACUGAUUAAAUAAGAAAAAUAGUAGUAAUAUUCAUAUUCUAA